CCUGCCGAAAAAAAGCCACGGAUUACCAGCAGCUGCAGUAAAUGACCUCACGUCUUUCUGCUUCUGACACCCCCUGAUCUUCCCACGCUUAUUUCGUCAUGCUUGCCACCGGUGCCCCCGAAGACUCGUUUACUGGCCCCAACCUCAAUAUCACCCUCACGUGUCCCGAAUGUAAGAUUUACCCGCCAGAUCUUAUUGAGCGUUUCAGUGAGGGCGACAUUGUUUGCGGCACCUGUGGUCUCGUGUUGAGUGACCGGGUUGUAGACACGCGGUCCGAAUGGCGGACGUUCAGUAAUGAUGACCAAAAUGGCGAUGACCCAAGUCGUGUGGGAGAUGCCGGAAACCCUUUGCUUGAUAGCGAGGACCUCUCGACCAUGAUUUCUUAUGCGCCUGAAAACGUGAGGGUGGGCCGCGAUUUGAACCGCGCCCAGUCGAAGUCUUUGGUCGAGAAAAAGGACAAUGCGUUGUCGGCUGCCUAUGCCAAAAUCUCCCAGAUGUGCGACGGGUACCAGCUACCUAAGAUCGUCCAGGAUGCAUCCAAAGAAGUAUAUAAGCUAGUGUACGACGAGAAGCGGUUGCGUGGAAAAUCACUGGAGUCCAUCAUGGCAGCCGCUAUCUUCAUAGGGUGCCGGAACUCCAAGGUGGCCCGGAGUUUCAAGGAGAUCUGGGCGCUCACCAACGUGCCCAAAACUGAGAUUGGCAGGGUGUUCAAGAUCGCCAUUCUGGUGAUCAAGGAGAAGAACGCCACCAAUCCUAGUGCCUACUCAUUGAUGGAGGAUAGUGAGCAGACCACGCAAACAUCAGCCGAGGAUCUCAUCCGCCGUUUCUGCUCGCGCUUGGGUAUCAAGAACGACGUGACCAAUGCAGCCGAGCAUAUUGCCCGAAAGUGUAAGGAAAACGGAACCUUGGCCGGCCGUUCUCCUAUUACUGUGGCGGCAACGGUAAUCUACAUGGCGUCACUUGUGUUCAAAUCCGAGGUGUCGCCUUCCAAGAUAGCCAGUAAUACUGGUGUGAGUGAGGGAACCAUCAAGACUUCCUACAGGGUGUUGUUUGAAAGUCGGGAUAAGCUUUUGGACCCAAGCUGGAGCAAAAACGGGAAAACCGAGAGCUUGCUUGAGGGUAGAUAGAUGCCCGAUUUUUUUUUUUGUUUUCUUUUUUUUUCUUUUUUGAAUCAAAUCAAAAAUAUUCAGUAUAUUAUUGUGUACAUUGUUACGUGAAAGG